CGAGCGCAACUUCAACCCCGUUGACUGGCACGACGCUGGCCGGAAGUCCGACAGGAACCAUACCGCCGAAGCGCAAACAAUGGAAAGCGCCCACUGGUCACCGGAGGGGAAUUACCGUUAGUGAGAUGCUUCCACUUGAAGCUCCGACGCAGGCGCGCCGAUCCUCCAUUUCGAGGGCUCCAUGGCAACAGCCGGCACAAACACAACAACAACAACCACCCUAUGUUGUGACAUCGUCUGCUUCGAGCAUGUCGCCAGAAGCUGAAAGCCGUUCACCUGUGUCUGCGUCGUCCCCUCCAAUGGCGCUGUCUUUGACCUCUAUCAGUGCAUCACCUUCCACUGCCGUUGCUCCUGAAGCGAAUCCUACGGCAAGUACAACAACAAACACGCCCCCAGCGGAAAUCCCAUUGGAUCAACUGGAUCCCAUUGCUCUUAAGAGAAGACAGAAUACUGUGGCGGCCCGACGAUCAAGGCAGAGGAAGUUGGAACAUGUGAGAGCGUUGGAAGCGGAGGUAGUAGCGCUGAGAGGGGAGAGGGAUGCAUUGAGAGAGAGGUGUGGGUCAGGGCCCGAGUCAAGGGCCCGAGUCAGAGAAAUUUGGGUGGCUUGGGGGAGAUGUGACUCACGAACGUCGUUGAGACAUGAAUCAUCGUUUCGCCGCUCACUUUUACGUGAGUUGUUUGUGCUCGGGGUUUCUCUUUGUCCGCUUCUUACUCCUUCUCUCUUUCUCGCUUUCUUUUCCAUGGUCUUUGUGGCACUUGCGUUUUCAACAGGACCUUUUCUUUUGAAUUUUUUUUUCCAUUACUCUUUUGGUUACGAUACGGCUCAUUCGGCGUCCUUCGCGAGUCUUUUUGUGAUACCAAGCUCUUUGUUUUCAUUUUCAUUAUUCCAUUCACUUUCUUUUCUUUCCUUUUCUUUUCUCCCCUUUCCCCCGCUUUUUUUGCCGUCGUGGUCAUCAUACCGCACAAUCCUAGCUUCAAUCCUGACUGCUUUCGCCGCUGUUCCUUGAUAGUCUCUUUGUCCUCCCAGGUUGCCAGUGCCCCUUGUUCUCUACCGAUCGAAGUAUAUCUUUCACACAUACCCUCUUCGUUUUUUUUUGGCCCCUUUGGCGUUCUUGAUCAACAAAACGCAAAAUUAGAAAGCGAACAAAAAAUGGUA